CAACAUAACCUGCUUUGCCGUAAAGGCCAAGUGGCCUCGCCAAUAAUUGAGGGGCCAUCCAAUCCAGACCCUCUUUUGGCCCUGCUGGAUGGCUUGGCAAGCCCUCCACUACGUGUGAUGAAGCUUCUGUUUCCUGCCGUGCAGGACGCAAACAUUGCAUUGCACACAAUAAUAAUUGAGGCCCAGGAAUCAUUGGACAGAUCAUGCUAGAAACACACUGCUGUUUUGUUAUGAUACAGCCCCUGCCUACUUAGGUCUAGGAUCUGAGAUCCUUAGUGAGUUCACCUCAUGGAUGGAUUCGAUUCUUAGCGCCGAAGUUAGGAUUGCAAUUCUGAACUCCCAUUUGGUCAUGUGGAUGAUCACAAAAGGAAGAGGGUCAAAACUCAGAAGCAUACAAGAUGCAUGCGACCGUUCGUCAGCUUAAGCUUGUGGAAGUGGAAGGAGCUAAAUCUGGGCUAAGAUUAGCGAGUUUUUGGGGUUUUCUUCAGGAGCCUUCUUACUCUGCACUGCUAUUCCUGCGUUCUGAUGUCACGGCUGAUGAACUGAUCGGCGUCACUGUCGCCAGACUCUUUACAUGCUUAAUCCUUAACCACUAGUUUAACAUCUGCUACUAAGAAAUGGCCGGAAUUCCUGGCACCGGCCGGUGUGUGUGGUGGCCGUCCUUGUCAGCCCCGGCCCCGGGGUAGGGAUGUAACUUGGGCCGCACAGCGUCGCCGCCGGUCGGCCGGUGCGCACCUGACUGAGACCGGGGCGCGGCUAUCGCCUCCGAGUAGAUCAGCACACGGGCUUAUCCUGUACCACCGUAUCGCUGGCCAGCCGCACGCCGCGCACCACGACGUCGUGGCUCGAUCCAGUGGCGAGGUGGUGGCCGUGGACUCGCGCUCUCGUGGUGGUCGGCCGUCGCAUCGCGCUGGCACUGGGUGCGCGUCCCUGCGCCUGGAAGAGGUGGCAACGAACUCUUCCGUUUCGGCGUCGCUUGUCGCGGCGGAGCCCGGGCUCGAAUUAUUCCUUCCCGGCACGCUAGCCACCAGCCAAUCACCCCUGCUCCCCCUGCUGCUGUACAUGCGCUGCUGCCUUCGCAAAAGCCGCCGGCUGUCUCCACGCUACAGGCGCCGGAUUCCAGAUUCCAGGCUCCACUCGAGGUCGAGGCGACGGCGGUGGGGGGCAUCCAGCCACCAGUGGCCAGGGCAGCUGCCGCUCCGAUUCUCUUCUCUCUCGAUCGUCCCGUGAGCCGAUGCAGAUGCACCCCGUCCCGGCUAGGCUAGGCUAGGUAGCACCAGCACAGGUUCUCGCAUCCCAGUAGGCAACCUCGACCCGUAACCGCAACUCGCCGUCGAUCCGUUUCCUCCCCGGCAUGCCCAUGCUGGGCCGCCGGUGGCCACCGAUCUUUUCCUCCUUGUGAAACCAUUGCCUUUCGGAGGUGACAGCGGCGCCGUCGUGGGCGCAUCGGCGGCGCCGCCACCCCGCCGGAGUACAUGACCUCUGCGUCCGCGGUGCAGUUCGCGGCGGCGCCCGUCAGAAUGGGGGUGUACGAGCGGCCGGCGCCGGCGCCCGUGAUGGGCAUAUGGAACUGCGAUCCGUUCAAGGUCGACAGCGGCCAGGCCACCAGCGGGUCCACCGUCAUGGAGGCGGACAAGUUCGACACUAGGCUAGAAGAUGCUCCACAGGUAGCACUGGAGCCGGCAAGAAGUACGGAUCAGGAAACAAGCAAGCCGCCAGAGAGGGUGCUGCGAAGACUUGCACAGAACAGAGAGGCUGCUCGGAAGAGCCGGCUGAGAAAAAAGGCCUACAUCCAGCAGCUAGAGACAAGCCGGAUGAAGCUGGCACAACUAGAGCAAGAGCUUCAACGGGCUCGACAGCAGGGUGCAUACGCAAAUGGGAAUUUGGGAGACCCAAAUCUCGGAUUCACAGGACCAAUGGAUCCAGGUGUUGCUGUGUUCGAGAUUGACUACAGCAACUGGGUGGAAGAGCAGAACAGGCACACAGCCGAGCUGAGGUCCGCGCUCCAGGGGCAGACGACGGAGCUCGAGCUGCGCAUGCUCGUCGAGACCGGGCUCAACAACUACGAGCACCUGUUCAGGAUCAAGGCGCUGGCUGCCAACUCCGACGUGUUCUACGUCAUGUCCGGAAUGUGGAAGACCCCCGCCGAGCGGUUCUUCCUCUGGAUCGGCGGGUUCCGGCCGUCGGAAGUGCUCAAGAUCCUGAGGCCGCAGCUGGAGCCACUGACGGAGCCGCAGCGGAUGGCCGUGGGCGGCCUGCAGCACACCUCGACGCAGGCCGAGGACGCCCUGUCGCAGGGCAUGGAGAAGCUGCAGCAGAACCUCGCCGAGACGCUGACGGCCGCGGCCGACCCGUUCGGGCCCCCCGACGGCUACAUGCUGCAGAUGGCGACCGCCGUGGAGAAGCUGAAAGAGCUCGUCGGCUUCGUGACCCAGGCGGACCAUCUCCGGCAGACGACGCUGCAGCAGAUGCACAAGAUCCUGACGACGCGGCAGGCGGCGAGGGGCCUCCUGGCGCUCGGCGACUACUUCCAGCGCCUCCGCGCGCUGAGCCAUCUGUGGGCGACGCGGCGCGAGGCCGCGAUCAGCUAGGCUCAGACUCGGUGGCGAAAAGCCGCCGCCGAUGACCAAAGAAGACGACGACGAAGAGUAGUAGCUCGUUGUAUACUCCCCAAGGUGUAAGGCCAGCCGAGGACCGACGAACAAGCCGUCGACCUCGCUGGGAUUGGAGAUGAAGAACACGGAGGCUCCUCAGCCAGCGGCGCCGUGCCGGUGCCCGCGUCUCCGAGGAACAGGAAAGUGGUGUGCGUUUGCCAGCAAAGAAUAACGGAAAAUUCGAGGCCUUCCAAGACGUGUACAUAUCUUGUUUUGGUUUGCCCUGGCCGGAGGCCUUCUACAGCCGUAUAAUCGAUUGGUAUAAAUGAUGGGUUUUACAAGUAGUGUUACGGUAUAUUUAUGAAUUUAUGAUGUAACGAUAUGUAACUAGUGUCUGUCCAUUUCUCAUGCAGCCCUUGUGCCAUUGUAUUGUAUGGAACAAGUUAGUCCACUUGAGAAUGAGAUGCAUCUGUAGCGGUUGGACACUGCA